AUGCCAGGUCUACUUGGUAGUCGUUGGGCGUCCAAGUCUCCCAAAGUGUUCGACCAAAGGACAACUGACAUCAAAUACCCAUCCGUUCCAGCAUUCGGCUUUUCACUACCCGUUAUUACGCCAGUCAAGACUCUACCACCAGCCCUGGCCGGGAAACCCGUAUCGCUCUCCGAGUUCUUCAGCGUGGAUUCUGUGCCCCCCUGGUCUCAAACUACCUCCGAGUCUGGAGACGCGGUCAUGCCUACUCCUCGACUUGUCGAUGCGGAUGUCAUCGACGCAGCUCAAGUUUCGCCAUCUCUUCGAGUCGAGUCUUCCGAAGCAAAGGAUCAGGUUGUGUCUUUCCCCAAGAUAGAUGAUGUCUUUGCGGAGGACGUCGACAGUCCUGCAGAUGUGAUACUAUCCACUUCUGAUAACCCAUCUCCAAGCCCUCCUAUCCCCAACCCCGAGGCUCUCGACUCCACCCACGCACGUCCGACUCAGAAGAACGAAUCUUCGCCGCAAGAGCAUAUCCCCAGCAAACCGCGUACCAGGUCCGACAUCGCCGCUGCGAAUACUCGCGCUCGCAUGCGAGAAAUCGAAACGCACAACCCGCGCCUCAGACUUCCUACGAGUGCUAAGGAGGUGGUUGGGAGGGGCUUGAGUCGCUCGUAUGGGGGUUAUUCCAGACAUUGA